GUUUAUUUAACUAUGUUUGUUAAAAAAAUAAAUGAGCUUGUGUUUUAACUUACUUUUUUUUUUUAUUUACAUUAAAAUAAAAAUAAUUUCCCUUCUCAGUCAUCCAAGUGUGAUUAUUAAACAGAGAGUGAGUUUGUGUUCACAGUUAAUGAGCAUUUAAUUCUUUCUUUUUUACAUUCAUAUUAUAUUAUUCGUUUAUUCCUCCAGUAAAAGAUCAGUGCGCUUCAAGGCGCCAUCUAGAGGCGAUUGAAGGCAAAUACUGCAGCUGAAUAAAACGGGGCUUUAAGAAAGCCGGACGCGUCACUGGUCUGUGACGUCACAACUGGAAGUGCAAUAUAGAAUGUGUAAUUGUUCAGAAAUAAACUGCUUGUUGUCUUGACAACAGUUUACUGGUUACAUUAACCGUAAAUGAAGUGAAAAUUCAGACAUGAAUUUCGACACCGGUGAUAUUAAUAUUUCCUACAUAGGUCGUUCUGAGUUGUACAAUGUUUUAUCAUCACAGGGAAUUCGCGCCGCAGAAUUCAAGACUGGUGUUUUGAUGUACGUGUAUAUAGAAGAACAAUGGCCAUAUGUACCCUACAGAAGCUCGGCAGAAAUAGCUGCAUGUAUCCAUGCUGCAGGCGGUUAUGUGCUGCAUCAGACGGAUUGCACGAUUCUGACUGAGUGGGGGGAGGAGAACGUGCAGAUGAGUGACACCUUAUCUCAGGUUGUCCAAUGUGCUUACAAAAUUCUGGAAGUGUGCAAACUCCAAAGGAUAAAAAAUAUCAGUGAGCGAUAUGUCAAAAUAGCAUUAUCAACUGGGGGGUUCACCAAAAUGAGAAUAAUAAAUAAAAAGAUACCGUGUUGUGCUGUCUUUGGCCCGGCUGUGGAAGAGCUACGAUCGGCACAGGCGCUGCUGAAGCAUGGCGACAUCGUUCUGUGCCCUGAAGCAUGGCCGUUCUGCGGCAGACAAAACCUUACUGUCAAACAUACUGAAAAUGAAGAAGCUGUCAAGGUGCGAUGCAGCAAGGAACAGCAGAGUAACGUUCGCAUCCAUAUAAACCCCAAGAUAACAUACCUAAUAACAAAUAAGGAGAGAGAAACCUUCAUUCGAGAAUUCAUGACGGAUAAAGUCUGGGAAAAGAUACGUGACAGCCGGCUAUGGGAAGCCCACGAUCAUUCCCUGCCAGAGAUAUGGCCUACCACCAUCAUGUUCGUGAAUCUGCAAUUCGUGCUGACUCAGACGGAUCUGAGAUUCGGUCAUCACGAAGUCAGCGAAACUAUUGCAGAGCAGAUGUUCAGGUGCCGUGGGAAAAUCUGCGAUGUCUUCUUUUUUGAUGAGGGCUGUAUAUUUGUGUGUGCCGUUGGCUUACCUGGGGAUAAGAGACCGGAUAAGAUUGCUCAAGCACUGCAGGCUGUCUGCCGGAUAUAUGAGACGUGCCGCCAACAAAUCGACAGUGUUUCGUGUAUCUCUGUAGGCGUAGCUACAGGAAGAGUCAAGUACGAGUUUCAGAAGACCCCUUUGAGAGAAUGUUGCAGAGUGUCCGGACAUACAGUGCAUAAGGCUGCAGUGUUGUCGCUUGAAAACCCGGGGGUUGUGUCAUGGGAUAAGCCGACCAAACUUUACUCCAUGCUGCCUCUUUCAACCUUCAAUCCUGAAGAGACGAACCGUCAGCAUUUGAAGAUGUAUCUUCAUGUCGAUGUAAAGCAGAUGCUUGCUCAUGAACCUGAAUUGUCAUCCGGUGAGAUGGUCGGCAAGCGAUUGGCGUUAGCUAACAUGCUGACAAUGCCGGACAAAGAGCUGGAGGUGGUGAAAUGUGCCUCUGUUAUUGGCUACUUCACCGACGACAACUUCACCUUUGAGCUGCUGAAGUACAUGCUGCCUCAUAUGAAUGAACAGGAGCUCAUAAUCCUCCUGAGAUCACUGUUUAAAGCGGGCAUCUUCAAGUGUGCCUCAGAGCCCAGGAACGUCUCAUCAACCACGAUCUGUUACUGCGAGAACAGCUGCGAAGAGUACAUUCGGUUCUCAAUGGAGCCUGUGUGGCCGUGUCGGAAGAUGAGUUUCUGCAACAUUGAUGAAAAGAAGAUGGUGUAUGAGCAGCUACAAUUGGAAGAGACACAAUUCCAUGAGAUCCACAAGUACUGUGCCACAUUCCUGGAGAAAACGCCCUACCACUGCAGCAAGUGCAAAGCCAAGAAUUUCCAUUUGAGACACAAAGUAGCCAUAUAUUACGAUGGAAAGCAUGUCCAGGAGAUCUACAAGGAAAUGCAGCGUUAUAAGAUCUUUCGGCGCCAAGGCGUUCGCUCUCGAAAUCGGGUGUACCCAACUGAAGGAAAUGGUAAUGAUACAGAGAACUUCCUGGCCAAGGUGAAGUCAGGACUGACGGAAGCACGUGAUAGGACGACCGCAGGCAGCUGUGAGUGUGCUCAGCUAGUGGAGACAGUACUCAUCCUUAGACUGAGACACUGGAGGUGUACAGGAGACGUGCCCAGGACAUUUUGGCACCUGGUGGAGAGUGCAGCUGCCUGUGUAUAUCUUCAGAAUGAUGCUAGGGCGUUGGAGUAUUUGACCGAGGCCAAGUGCAUUCUGGAGAAAUUAAAAGAAGGGAAGCCUGUAGAUCCUGGAAACGUGCAAAUCUGUGGAAUUCAGCAAGCGUUUGUGCAUCGGCUCACGGGAGAGAUUCUGUUUAAAGCAGGGAAACUUCUGGAGGCAGAGGAGAAUUUUAAGGAAGCCUUGAAGAUCCUGAACUGCAAACUUCCUCGCAAUUCUGUUGCACAAUCCUUUAAGCUCAGAUACGAGAAGCUGAAGAAACUCCAUUACCGGUUCAAACCGUUCCAGAUCCUAGAGGAAAGAAAGCUAGACUGUCUGCAGGAAUGCUUCGGUUGUCUGUCUUUCCUGUGGCAAAUCGGCUGCGUGCGUGGCCGGCUCAGGAGUGCAUCGCUGGCCAUCACCAUGGAAAUCAAUCUUGCCUUCCAGAGCGUCAAUCCGUUCAUGAUCCUCUACUCCGUCAUCGACUAUCUCAAGUACAGUCAGUUUAUAGGCGAGGAGAGCGAGUGCAAGCGUCUCGAAGCCUUCCUGUGCAGGACUUGUGCCAGCCUGUCAGACGACCGUGAGGGACGGAGGCUGGUCAGCCACUUGACUCGAACCCUUGCCGUCGUUAAAAUGUGCACAGGGGACCUGGAGCAAUCCAUCGAGUGCACUAUGCGAGCUCAGCAACUGAGUGAAGUCCAGAACAGACCCGGUUUGGACGCGAGGACCACAGCUGCGUUACAUCUGCCUCUGCUCCUCACUGACAGAUACAGCGAGAGUGUGCAGCAGAUCCAGACUUUGGAGAAUCUGAGCAAAGAAAUGUCGAGCAGCGUAGCUAAGGGCUGGUUUUAUGCUGCCUGCAUGAACUUCUUGCUGUAUGCUGGAUUUGCAUUCAGGCCAUUCGAGGAGUGUUUGGCUUUCGUGGAAGAGUCUUGGUCAGAUGCGGACCUAGAAGCUGAUAAGAGUCUGAUGCUGCAUCUUUACUCUGCAGUGGCUCUGUGGUAUGGACGGCUGGAAAAUUGGGCGAAGUCUGCAGUCUUCUUUGAUAAGGCGUAUAAAGUGUACGCUCAGAUUCCAACCUCCAUUGAGUCCAUCAGUGGUGUGGUCAUGCUCCUGGAGUGCAGCGUCCUAGUCUUCAGGAAAGACCUGACUGAAUGCAACCGUCAAAGAAGGAUUACGCUUAAAAGAGCACGGAAGAUCUUUUCAGACUUCACACAACGUUUUGGAAGAAAUCACAUCUUCGCCCCGCGUGUCUUGGACCUGAAUGCUUACCUGCACCAGCUGACUGGAAGGAAAACGCUGGCGCAGGACCUCCUCAAGGAAGCUCUGGUGCUGUGUGAGAAACAGGGCAACCUUCUAGACCAGAUGUGGAUCAGGGAGAGCCAGGUUGACUGCUCUGGUGCAUGCAGCCACACUCCAGCGGAGUGGUCUACAGCUGUUCUGAGCAUGCCCAGAUGGGACAAAGCAGCAAAACUCCAGCCUGAGGAGCUGCUUGACUAUCGCUUCCACUUGAAACAAGCAGAGGUUACACGCCGUUCCCAUAUUUUGUAAAAACUUGAAGGUUAUUUAUCGACACCUAGAAUAGAGGAUGCAUUUUAUUUGUCCGAUACCCAGUCAUUUACUGUACAACCUCAAUUCUGAAAAAGUUGGGACAGUAUGGAAAAAAAAAAAGUGUCAUUUGAAAAUUCAGUUCAUCCCGUACAAUAUUUAAAACACAUUAUUAACACACUAUUUGAUGUUUUACUUUGGGAAUUUAUUUUUGAAAAUAUACAAUCGUUUCAUAUCUUAUGACGGCAACGCACACCGAAAAAGUUGGGACAGUCGACUGUUUACCGCUGUGUAACAUCACCGUUUCUUUUAAGAACACUUAUUAAGCAUUUGGGCACUGAAGACACCAGUUGGUUAAGUUUAGCAAGCGGAAGUUUUCCCCAUUCAUCCAUUAUGCAUUUCUUCAGCUGCGCUGUCCAGGGUGUCAUGCACAAGAUUACGCCAUAAUGUUUAGGAUUUAAAGUGUAGAAAAACACUUUGGCAAUGGCAGACUUAGUUCUUAUGCAAAUUAUGAGGCAAGUCAUGAUAAUUGAAAGAAAUUUCCUGCAAGGCAGCGAUGCACUCCUGCACAGUGCUCUUUUUUUUCCAGUUGCGCUUGAGUUUUACAUUUACAGACUGAAGACCGGACAUUCUCCUUUAGGAUUUUCUGGAAGAAAGCAGAAUUCAUGUUUCCCUCAAUUAUUGCAAGUUGUCCAGGCGCUGAAGUAGGAAAGCAUCCCCACACCAUCACACUUCCACCACCAUGUUUGACUGUAGAUAUGAUGUACGUUUUGUGGAAUUCGGUGUUUGGUGUCCGCCAGAUGUAACAGGACCCCUGUCUUCCAAACAGUUCCAAUUUCAGUCCACACAACAUUCUCUCAAAAGGUUUGAAGGUGUGUUUUGGCAAAAUUCAGACGAGCCUUCAUCGAUGCAAGAGAGGCCUGUAGGUCCUUUGAUGUUGCCCUUGGCUCUUUUGUGACUUCCUGGAUAAGUUGUUGCUGUGCUCUUGGAGGAAAUUUAGAAGGUCGGCCACUUCUGGGAAGGUUCAAUACUGUGCCCGGUUUUUCCAUUUGGAGAUAAUGGCUGUCACUGUGGUUCUUUGGAGUCCCAGUGGCUUUGAAAUAGCUUUGUAUCCCGGUCAUUAAAAACUGAAAAGCGUGCGUUCGCUGAGCGCUCGCGCACGCGCAUGUACUUCGGUUUUCCGAGCAUACUGCAAACUGCAGAGCUGAGAUGAGAUGAGAUCGCCAUGUUGACCUCUGGUGGGUGCUCAGCAGGUGAGACCACCUCAUGGGUCUCAGGUUGGAGCUCUGCAGCUGAGCUCGCUAGUUUGCCCUCUGGCUGGAGCUCGGCAGGUGAGACCACCUCGUGGAUCUCAGGUUGGAGCUUUGGAGCUGAGGUCGCUAGGUUGACCUCUGGCUGGAGCUCGGCAGGUGAGACCACCUCAUGGGUCUCAGGUUGGAGCUCUGCAGCUGAGCUCGCUAGUUUGCCCUCUGGCUGGAGCUCGGCAGGUGAGACCACCUCGUGGGUCUCAGGUUCGAGCUCUGGAGAUGAGGUCGCCACGUUGACCUCCGGCAGGAGCGCUGCAGAUGAGACCACUUCGUGGGUCUCAAGCUGGAGCUCUGAGGUCGCCAAGUUGACCUCCGGUAGGAGCUCUGCAGGUGAGACCACUUCGUGAGUCUCAUGUUGGAGCUCUGAGUAGGAGGUCACCCAGUUUGCCUGCUCAUAAUAGUGGGUGAACGGCAUGUCAGGUUCAUCUCUGAGGCAGGGCUCCCCCAAAAGAUCCUCCAGGACUGCCCUGGAUUCUGGACUGCCGAACAUCAUCAUGAAUAAUCUCACAAACUGAAAUACAUUCUCCAGUCCCCUGGAUCCCGUCCCAAUUUUUGAGACGUUUUGCUGCCAUCAAAUUCAAAAUGACCUUACUUUUUUCUUAAAAUGGUAUUUUUACUCAGUUUUAAGAUUUGAUAUGUUUUCAAUGUUCUAUUGUGAAUAAAAUAUGGGUUUAUGAGAUUUGCAAUCUCUGUUUUUCUUUACAUUUUAGUGUCCCAACGUUUUUGGAAUUGGGGCUGUAUUAUAUUUAUUGUUAUUAGUGUGCAAUAAUGUAUAAUCCUAUACCAUAUAAACCUAUACCCUUAUACAGAGUGUAUAAUUAUAGUUUUUAUUGAAAAUAAAUAUGAU